AUGACUCCUGUCAAAAACCAGAAAAGAUGUGGAAGUUGUUGGGCAUUCGCGACCACUGGGGCAAUCGAAUCAGCGAAUGCAAUAAGAAACGGGGAACUUGUUCGCCUUUCUGAACAAGAACUUCUGGAUUGUGACCUCACCAACCAUGCUUGUUCAGGAGGAUUUCCCGUGACGGCCUUUAAAUGGGUUGUCAAGAAUGGUGGGCUCAGUAAAGAAGAUGAUUAUCCUUAUGUGGGGGAAAAGGGUCAUUGCAAAGCUGAAAAGAAAAGUGUUGUGAAAAUAAAUGGCUAUGAACGUGUAAAGCAGUCGGAUCAUGCUCUCUUGUGUGCCAUCGCUAAUCAACCUAUUACGGUGGGUUUGGAUGCAACACCACUUCAAUUUUAUCAGGGCGGGAUUAUUGAUGGUGAAAGUUGCCCCAUGGGAACUCAGCCAAAUCAUGCAGUUUUGAUCGUGGGAUAUGACUCAAAAGAUGGCAAAGAUUAUUGGAUUGUGCAGAACUCAUGGGGAGAAGAUUGGGGAAUGAACGGAUACUUCUUGAUUCAAAGGAAUUCAAAAGCGCCAAAUGGAGUUUGCUCUAUUAAUACUGCCUCUUCAUACCCAACCAUAUAG